CACUUUCCCCCCUCAGGGCCUCGUGUCUGGUCAUAUACUUGCGGCAUAUGCCUCUUAGAGUGAUCACAUUGCAUACGUACAUUCACAAAUAAAUAUCAAAGUCAAGAAUCGAGGGUGUAACGAUCUACUACCAUGUCUACUUACAGGUCUUUUGGUACGUUCACAACCUUGUGGUCGACUGCUCAAAGACUGUCACCCGUGUGCAAUCAGGCAAAGCCAGUAGCAGCCCGUUGUGCAGUCAGGUGCAUGGUCACGAAGACCACUCCCGUGAAAGAUGGGAACACGGUAGAAAGCCGAGCUUUUAUACACGAACGCGAUAGUGGGGAAGUGGUACUUUCUUACCUGGAAGACGACACGCUGGCCCGAGGUCCCGCCGUUAUAGGAUGGUUGAAACGAGGGUGCAGUGUAACACCUGCCAACUUUGAAGAUAACAAAGAAUUUAUCAGAUUCUUUCAGAAAGUAGUCGGCGAUAAUAUAGUGGAUGACGAGGACCACAAGUACCUUGCCCAGAUGAUUGACGUAGGUUGGAUGCACGUGAAUGAUCCUAGGAAUCCACCCUAUCAGAAUAGGAUUGCCGAACACGAAGAUAUAUUAGGUAGUGUACGCGUGGCAGAAGGGAAGAUGGUGCCGGGCACAUAUGAGCCUAUGCCGGUACACCGCGUAGUAUCACCUAAGGGACUCAUGCGGUUACAACCAUUCCUUCACGAUCGGUUGCUUCGGGCUUAUUCUGAGAUAUGAUCGUCCAAGUCCUAUAUGGCACGAUUAUGACAGUAAAAUAAGAUGAAUAUUCUCACUCAAAUAUAUAUAGGACAAUUGACACGCGCAUAAUGCUGCAUAUAAUUUAAAUAUACAAAAGUGGUACACGCCUG